AUGAGUAAAGAAGAUCUGACUGAAUUUGUAGAUAAUUCAUCACCUAAUUUUCAAGAUCAUCAAACAAGAGCCUACUAUAAAGACUUAGCAGUGACAUUAGUUAAUAGUGCAGUUCAAAAAGGUAAUACUUUAGCACAACAAAAUCCUGGUAGUAAACGAGCUAUAGCAGCAAGUACAGCAUCAACUAUUUUAGAAAUGGGAUUAGAUAGAUAUGCAAAAACCGGCUUUUCAUCAAGAUCAGGAUCAAUUGAUUUGACCGAUGAACAAAUUAGUCAUAUAGCUGCAAUGGCUGAUUCAGCAGGUGACGAUGAAAUUAAAAAAUCACAAUCUUCAACAACAAAUCAUUUUGCAGAUCGUAUGAUUGAAAAAUUAAUGAAAUCUUCAUUACCCCAAGAUAUACCAGAAAGAGAAAUGUUUGAAAAAAGAUUAAAUGAUCCCGAAAGAAAUAAAAGACCUGGAUUAUCAGUUGGUACUUUAACUUCAAAUGUUAAAAAAUUAGCAGGUAAAAUGACAAAUUUCUUUGCCAUUCAGUAUGAAUUAAUUCAUAUAAUUACUUGGAAACAACCAAACAAAACUUUAUCUGUUUUAGUACUUUAUACAGCUGCAUGUCUUUGGCCACAUUUAAUUUUAGCAUAUCCAUUAAUUUUCAUCUUAUUUGGCAUUAUGAUCCCCGGUUUUGUUUAUAGACACCCACCAAUGAGGUCGGAUUUAAUUAAAGUUAAGAAAAGGGGUCAAUCAUUUUUAUCCUUCUUGAACGCUACUCCAGAAACAAGUAUAGUUGAGGAUAUGGUUGAUGAAGAAUAUUUAAGAGAAGAUGCAGAAGUUGCUUCAUCUACCUAUUCCAUUUCAGAGGAAGCCUCAGAUGUGACUAUUUCUUCUUCUCAACCACAAUCAGGUAAAUCGACAAGUGGAACUGGUAAAGAUGAUAAAAAGGAUACUUCAGAUAGGAGAAAGUCAAAUAUUGCAUUAUUAAUUAAUUUAAGAGAUUUUCAAAAUUUAACAACUGAUUUAAUUCAAGCUUUAGAUAAAACUGAAACUUUUUAUUAUGAAACUGCAGGGUUUAAAGAUGAAAGAUUAUCCACAUUUAUAUUUUAUGGAGUACUAGUUGCAACUUUUGCUACAUUGUUUUUUGGACAAUUCAUUCCAUGGAGAUUAAUUUUCAUUAAUACUGGUUGGAUAGGAUUAAUUUUAUGCCAUCCAAAAGCAAAAAAAUAUUUAUUAGAAAUGAGUAAAUCAAGAAAAGAAAAAGCUAAGUAUGAUAAAAUUAGGAAAGAAAUAGAGAAAGAAGCAGAAGAUGAAAAAAAAGGUAAAGUGGAAGAACCAGAAGUCUCAACGGCUGGUACAAUUACAAAAGAUAUCAAACAAUUUGAUCGUAAUGAUAUCAUAGUUGACGAUAAACCAGAAGUUAGAAUUGUUGAAGUUUAUGAAUUACAAAUUAAAAGUAUAUUAAAAAAUAAUUGGUCAUUUUAUAGAUAUUCAACGACAAUGUAUGAUAAAGAGAACAAAAAUAGAGUUGCAGGUAAAAGGCCAACAGGAGUUGAUCAUUUAAAUAAAGUAUUACCACCAAAAGAUUGGAAAUUCGAUAUGGGAUUUGUGAACAAAUGGGUAUUAGAUUUAAAACCAAAAGAAUUUAUAAAAGAAAGAUCAUUAGAUCCUGAACUAUUUAUAGUUAAAAACCGAGAAGAAGACGGAUGGAUUUAUGAUAAUAUGAAAGAUGUUGUUCAUCUGGAAAUUAUUUAUGAAUUUAGAAGAAGAAGAUUAUAUAGAGAAUGUUAUCGAUACGGUAGACCUCAUAAAAAGCCAAAAAGUUUUUAG